AUGGCGACCUCACGCCACCUGUUGGCCAUCCUGUUAACGCUGAUCCCCCACCUCGUAUAUUCAAAUUCGUCAAACGGUUUCUUCUACCAAGAGCUUCUGAAUGGCAACGGCAACGGAGAAAUUCACUUCAAUGGAGUAAAACUUCAUGUUGAAUCUGAAGUGCAGUCCGUGUUUGCGGUUCGGGGCAGUAACGUUACCCUGCCCUGUCGUUACUGGUAUGACCCGGUUUUGAACACACCUCGCAAGAUUCGGGUGAAGUGGUCUUGGCUACCCCCUUCUGAGGAGCAUGAGUCGGACGUUCUGGUUGCUAUUGGCCAUAAGCACCGUAGUUACGGUGAAUUUAAAGACCGCGCGCACUUGCAGCAGCUGCACCCGGGACAAAUAUCUUUGCUCCUCACGGACGUGCGGCUGAAGGACAGUGGGCGCUACCGCUGUGAAGUCAUUGAUGGGCUAGAGGACGAGAGCGCGACCGUGGAUCUGGAGCUCAGAGGAGUCGUUUUCCCAUAUCAACCUCCUCAUGGUCGCUACCAUCUAACGUUCCAAGCAGCACAGAAGGCAUGUGCAGAGCAGGACUCUGCCGUGGCGACGUUCGAUCAGUUGUUCUCCGCAUGGCAGGACGGGCUGGAUUGGUGUAAUGCUGGUUGGCUGGCUGAUGGGACUGUGCAGUAUCCCAUUACCCAGCCCAGACAGCCCUGUGGGGGCCUCAGCAUGGCUGCAGGGGUCCGCAGCUAUGGGUUUAGACACAGACACCUGCAUCGUUAUGACGUUUUCUGUUUUUCCUCAUCUCUUAGGGGAAGAGUGUAUUUUCUGGAGCAUCCUGAGAAACUAAACUUCACGGAGGCGGCUGAAGCAUGCCGUGAAGAUGGAGGUCACAUUGCAACAGUGGGUCAGUUGUUUGCAGCGUGGAAAUUUAUGAGACUGGAUCGGUGUGAUGCAGGCUGGCUGGCUGAUGGGAGUGUCCGAUACCCCAUCAGUUAUCCCCGCGCCAACUGUGGACCAUCAGAACCUGGGGUUCGCAGUUUUGGUUUUCCAUCCCCCCACCACAAGCAUGGGGUAUAUUGCUAUAGCUCCCAGUAA